AUGGCCCACGUUAGGGGACAUGCAACGAUCAAGGGGCUUCCUGAUUCCAUGCGAGCAUGCCAGAUCGUCGAGUAUAACAAACCACACCAAAUAAGAAGGAUCCCAACUCCUGACACGCUUAAGCCUCAUGACAUCCUUCUAAAGGUUGCCGUUUCUGCUCUUUGUCAUUCGGAUUUGGAGUACCAGAAUGGCACCCUCGACUGUACUCUUCCUGUCACCGCCUCCCACGAAGGCACUGGUGUCGUGAUCGCCAAAGGAGACGCCGUGACUCGGUUUGUCAUCGGUGAUCGAAUCAUGGCUGGGCAGACAUUCGACCGCUGCGGAGAAUGUGAUGAUUGCAAAGGACCAGAGAACUACCAGCAUUACUGUGAACAUCAGGGCCCGAUGAUGAGUACCGAGCGGAACGGCGCCUUUCAGGAAUACCUCGUGGUGGAUGCACGACAAGCGUGUCGGAUCCCGGAUAAGAUGUCGUUUCUUACUGCUGCUCCCCUUGCUUGUGCGGGCAUCACCAUUUGGAGGGCACUGCUGCAAACAGAGCUUCUACCAGGACAGUGGCUUGCCAUCGUGGGAUCCGGAGGGGGACUCGGCCACCUUGGUGUCCAAUUCGCCAAAGCCAAAGGUUUAAAUGUGAUUGGGACGGACGCUCGAGACGAUGGAAUCUCUCUUUCUCGAGAGGUUGGUGCAGACCUAGUUCUUGACGCCCGGGUAGGGAAGGAGGAGGUGAUGCGCGAGGUUUUCAAUGCCACUGGUGGCAGAGGCGUCGAUGCCACCAUCACAGUCAGCGAUGCUAAAGCUGCAGUGGCAACUGCGUGCGCCAUUACGAGGAGGCACGGCAUAAUUGUUCAUGUUCCCGUGGGACACGAAGUGUGUAUUCCAUUCCAGGAUAUGAUAUUUCGAGACAUCCGCGUGAAGGGAUCAUUUCUUUGUUCUCCAAAAGAGGCCGAGGAGAUGUUGAACAUGGUCAUCAAGUAUAACAUCAAAGUCAGUAUAAGUGUUUUCCAUGGUAUUGAGGAGAUUCUGAAAGUGGUCGACAUGCUCCGCCAAGGGAAAUACCAGGGUAAGGGUGUGAUUGUCAUUGAUGAGGAUGCUGUGAAGAGUGAAUCAAGUCUGCUAUAA